AUGCCGCUUCGAGUUGGCGAGGAGAGUGCCAUUGUUGGUGCAUUUGCAAAAUCGAUGUACGUUCUCCCCGACAAUUCUACCUACUACACGGAUCCCGGAGUGAAUUACAGAAGGUCAUCAAAGAGUCGGUGGAGUAUUUACAAAGUUCUGGAAUCAGCGAGUAUUGUUCUUGGAUACGGCGGUAAGGAGUGUCUUCUGAGAUCAAUUUGCGAGGCGGCCAACGUCCCAUUCAAUCCGAAUCACGGCCUCUUCGAAGAACUCAUCCACUGCUUUCUCACGCCUUCGAGUACAACGGAAGAACCCGACGAUUACAAAGAUCGGGAUUAUCUGGCUGCGGAACGUCUUGGACAUCAAAAAGGGGAUCAAUGCUCGACCCUGUAUCCCGAAUGCAAAGCGAGCAUUCUCGAUCUAUUUUCAUGGGUAGCUUAUUGA